ACAACCAAACAACUUUAAUUUCAUCAUAUGCUUUUGAGCUUGUGGUUUUAUGAUUAUGUAUUGCUAUGCAUUAAAUGGAAGAUGCCCCGUGCCAGCCCAUAUAUGGCUGACUGGCUGCAAAGGGGAAAUGCAAGACCAACUUACGCGGAUCCCAGGAUAUGAUAGAUGGUUAAUUGAGAAGGAGGAUAAAUCCUACAUAGAAUCCUUUAAAGACCAGAAAGAAAAUUUGGUGUAUCUCACAGCUGAUUCUGAGAAUGUUCUGGAUGUACUCGAUCCGAAAGCAAUUUACAUCAUUGGUGGUUUGGUGGAUAGGAAUCGCUGGAAAGGCCUUACCAUGGAUAAAGCAAACGAGCAAGGGAUUAAAACAGCAAAAUUGCCUAUUGGAUCUUACCUGAAGAUGUCCAGUUCUCAGGUCCUUACUGUGAAUCAAGUGGUGGAGAUACUUCUCAAGUUUUUGGAAUCAGGAGACUGGAAGCAUUCAUUUUUUGAGGUGAUUCCUCUGAGGAAGAGAGGCGAAGCUGGAACAGAGGGCGAAGGAAAGGAUGAGGAUGAAACGGAAGCUGGAGCAGAUGAUGAAGACAGUAUAGGGAUGGACACGAUCAAAAGGCAAAAAGGCCGUGCAUCAGUGCAGAGAUUAAAGCUUGAAUAUUUCAACCCAAGAGAGACCAAGCAAAAUUUUGUGAAUGGUUUAUUGGGCGUGACUGAUAUAUUUUGGUACUUGAUUCUGAUGAACAACUGAUUGUAUUAUUGGCAUUAGCAGUGACAUUGAAGGUACUAAAAUUCCUAGUUAACAAA